AUGUCUCGCGAGGGGGAGGCGCCGGAUCCCCCCGGGCCACUCCCGGCGACCCCCGCGCUGUGCCGCCACUGGGCGAGGAGGGGACGGUGCGACUACGGCGACGGAUGCAGGUUCCGGCACGAACGCGUCCCGGGCGACGACGCCGACGCCGACGACCCGCGCGUCUCCGCCAUGGACGGCCGACGCGAGGGUGCCACGCGGUUCGGUCGCAGGCACCACGCGCGGAACAGGAACAAGGCGGGCGACUUCCGACGAUGGCUGGUGGCGACGUUCGGGUUCGAGACGCUCGCGUCGGGCGCGGGGGUCCUGGACGUGGCGGGAGGCAAGGGCGAGCUCGCGUUCGAGCUGCGCAACCUCAGCGGCAUCCCGGUGACGGUGGUGGAUCCUCGGCCGAUGCGGCUGGAACGAUACGUGCGACGGUUCAGGUCGGGGAUGUACCACAGGAACCAAUCGCCCGCGGCGGCGAAGCUGCGCAGGCCCCUCGAUUCGACCCUCGCCGCACCCGAUCACCUCCGGAUGUUCCUGCACCGAGGCGUGUUCGACCCGGCGCGAUCGGACGGGGAGAGGCGUUUGGCAGCCAUCGAGUCUCACCGGUUGAGUCACGCCACGAGGUGGUCGCGCCGGGGGCUCGUGGACGGGGAGUCGGCACCCGGGGACGGGGACGGGGACGGGGAGUCGGCACCCGGGGACGGGGUUCGGGACGGCGCGAACCUCGACGAGGCGUACAGGAUACCCGGCGAGCCCGUGCGACACGCGACGAUGUUCUCCGAGAUCCCGCGUCGCCGAGAUCCCGACGCUGAUGACGUGGAAUCUGACGUGUAUGCUGAUGUGGAAGCUGACGUGGAAGCUGACGUGGACGAUCCCGACGCCGCGGCGAUGACACCCGUCGCGAUGGACGCGUCCGCGACGGCGGACGCGUGCGAGCGCGUCUUCCGCGACUGCUCCGUCGUCGUCGGGUUACACCCCGAUCAGGCCACGGACGCGGCGGUGGACCUGGCGCUCGCGUUCGGUAAACCCUUCGCGGUGGUGCCGUGCUGCACGUACAGCAGGGAUUUCCCGCACAGGCGCUUGCCCCCUGGGCCCGGUCGGCCGCGGGGCGGCGGCGCGGUGACGACGCACGCGCACCUCGUGGAGUACCUGCUCGCCAAGGCGGCUCCGGGGACGACGAUCGAGCGAGACGAGUUGCCGUUCGAGGGGAAGAACGUGGUGGUGUACUCGCUCGGCGACGGGGGGUCGGAGCUGUUGUGCCGCGCGGUGGACGGGCUCGGGGUUGGCGAGUGA